CAAUCACACAAUGCUGUGGGCCGCGCAGAGCAGCAAAUAGCAACCGGUUGCCUGGUAUACGCGUUGCGCGCCAAAACGCAGCGCCAUAAUAAGAAUGCAUCAGCCUUAAUCGGCUGGACAGAUUCUCAAAUAGGAGAAAGUAGAUUGUUUUCGAGUCUGUAGGCAGCCACAGCGGCGCGACAGACGCGCAAGAAUGAACAACGCGCACGAGGUGGAGGUGUCACAGGUCGCGGCAUACUUCAAUGUGGACCUGGACAAGGGCCUCUCGGACACGGACGUGUUCAAGGCCCGCACGCGCUAUGGCCGCAACGAGCUGGCUCCGGAGGAGGCCACUCCGCUGUGGAAGCUAAUUCUGAAGCAGUUUGACGACCUGUUGGUCAAGAUUCUGCUGGCUGCGGCGGUGGCGGACUUCAUCAUCGCCAUGAGCGACGGCGAGGGCGUGCUGGGGUCCCUGGUGGAGCCGUUUGUCAUCAUCCUCAUCCUCAUUGCAAACGCCACGGUGGGAGUGGUGACUGAGCGCAACGCGGAGCAGGCGAUUGAGGAGCUCAAAGCCUACGAGGCUGAGAGCGCCACGGUCCUGCGCAACGGCGUGCUGCAGCUGGUGCCGGCGGGGGACCUGGUGCCGGGGGACGUGGUGGAGGUGGCGGUGGGCGCCAAGGUGCCGGCAGACACGCGGCUGGCGGGGCUGCUGGGCAACGUGCUGCGCGUGGACCAGUCCAUCCUGACGGGCGAGAGCCACAGCGUGGACAAGCAGGUCCGCCCAGUGCUCAAAGACAACCCGGUGUACCAGGACAAGACCAACAUGAUGUUCUCGGGCACACUGGUGACGUCGGGUCGCGGGCGCGGCAUCGUGGUGGGCACCGGCGCCUCAACCGCCAUAGGCCGCAUCCGGGACGCGCUAUCGGCCGCCGACGGCGCCGAUGAGAAGACGCCGCUGAAGCAAAAGCUGGACGAGUUCGGCGAGCUGCUGAGCAAGGUCAUCGCGACCAUCUGCGUCAUUGUGUGGCUGAUGAACAUCAACCGCUUCAAGGACCCCGCCCUGGGCGGCUGGCUCAGCGGCGCGCUAUACUACCUCAAGAUCGCUGUGGCUCUGGCUGUGGCCGCCAUCCCUGAGGGCCUGCCAGCGGUGGUCACCACCUGCCUGGCGCUGGGCACACGCAAGAUGGCCAAACAGAACGCCAUCGUGCGCUCGCUGCCCUCCGUGGAGACGCUGGGCUGCACCACCGUCAUCUGCUCCGACAAGACCGGCACCCUCACCACCAACCAGAUGAGCGCCGUGGGCUGUGCGGUGGUUCAGUCGUGUGCGGCGGGCGGCAGCGCCCUCAUGGAGUUCAGCAUCACGGGCACCACCUACUCCCCCGACGGCAUGAUCCUGGGCCCCGGCGGCGCGGUGCUCCAGCGCCCCGCCGACAGCCCCUGCCUGCUGCACCUGGCCAUGGGCGCGGCGCUGUGCAACGACAGCGCACUGGUCUACAGGCCGGACAAGGGCACCUACCAGCGCAUCGGCGAGGCCACAGAACUGGCACUGCGAGUGUUUGCGGAGAAGGUGGGACUGCCCGCCUCGGUCGCCGAUCACCCCCACGUCUACGUACCAGCUGGCUCCGCCGCCGCCGCCGGACUGGGCGGCGGCCCGGCGGCCGGCGGCUCCGGCCGCGGCGGCGGCGGCGCCGGCGCGGUUGGCGGCCGCGGCGGCCUGGCCUGUAACGCUCACUGGGCGGAGCGGUUCAACCGCAAUGCCACUCUGGAGUUCACACGGGACCGGAAGAUGAUGAGUGUGAUGGUGGUGGGCGACACGCGCAGCAUAAUGUGGAGCAAGGGCGCGCCCGAGUCCAUCCUGGCCCGCUGUACCUCUGUCCUAGCCAACAACGGCGAGGGAGUGGUGCCGCUCACCGACGCCGCGCGCGGCGCCCUGGCCGCCGCCACCCGCCGGUUCGGCCACCGCGCCCUGCGCACCCUGGCGCUGGCGUACAAGCCGCUGCCGGGCGGCUCCAAGGCGCUCUCGCCCGCGGACGAGGCCGGGCUGACCUUCCUGGGGCUGGUGGGCAUGCACGACCCGCCGCGACCCGAGGCAGCCCGCGCACUGGAGCUGUGCCGCCAGGCCGGCAUCCGAGUGGUCAUGGUCACGGGCGACAACAAGUCCACUGCGGAGGCCGUGGCACGACAGGUGGGAAUGCUGCCGCCCCUCUCCCGCGGCGGCGGCGCCGCCUCCUCCUCCCCCUACGGCUACCAAAACCACAACAUGUACGACGACGCUGACGCGGAGGCAGACGAGGCGGCGCUUCGCGGCCUGUCGUACACUGGCCAGGAGUUCGACGCGCUGGCGGGCGGCGGCGGUUUUAGCUCGGACGAGCAGGCGGCGGCGGUUGACAACGUGGUGGUUUUGAGCCGCGUGGAGCCCAUGCACAAACUGCGGCUGGUGGAGCAGCUGCGGGCGCGGGGUCACGUGGUGGCCAUGACGGGCGACGGCGUCAACGACGCGCCCGCCCUCAGCCGCGCCGACAUAGGCGUGGCCAUGGGCAGCGGCACCGCGGUGGCCAAGGGCGCAAGCGACAUGGUGCUGGCGGACGACAACUUCGCCACCAUUGUGUCGGCUGUGGCUGAGGGCCGCGCCAUAUACAACAACACCAAGCAGUUCAUCCGCUACAUGAUCAGCUCCAACAUCGGCGAGGUGGUGGCCAUCUUCGUGGCGGCGCUGCUGGGCGUGCCCGAGGUGCUCACGCCAGUGCAGCUGCUGUGGGUGAACCUGGUGACUGACGGCCUGCCCGCCACGGCGCUGGGCUUCAACCGCCCAGACAAGGACAUCAUGAGCAGGCCACCGCGCAGGCUGGACGAGCCCAUUGUCAACGGCUGGCUGUUUGUGCGCUACCUGGUGGUGGGCAUGUACGUGGGGCUGGCCACUGUGGGCGGCUUCCUGUGGUGGUUCCUGGCGCACGAGGGCGGCGGCGGCCUGACCUGGGGGCAGCUGACCUCCUUCCAGAAGUGCACGGAGGCGUCCGCCAAGGCCGCCGGCUACAGCUGCGACGUGUUCGGCAGCCGCCACCCGCGCACCAUCGCCAUGAGUGUGCUGGUGGUGGUGGAGAUGUUCAACGCCCUAAACAACCUGAGCGAGGACGCCAGCCUGCUGACCAUUCCCCCCUGGGACAACCGCUGGCUGCUGGGUGCCAUCGCCACCAGCCUGGGCCUGCACGCGCUCAUCUUGUACGCACCGCCGGCCGCCGCGCUGUUCGGCGUCACCGGGCUCAGCGGCGCGGAGUGGGCGGCCGUGGUCUGGCUGUCCGCCCCGGUGGUGCUGUUGGAUGAGGUGAUGAAGGCGCUCAGCCGCAAUGUCAUACGGCCGCGCCUGCAGAGGCAGCUGGCGCGCAACGGCGGCGGCGGAGGAGGUGGCGGCGGCGGCGGCGGCUCGGGCCGCGGCGGCGGCGGGGCGGGCGGCAGCGGUCUCAAGGAGGUCCUGAUAGGCGGCGGCGGCCGCGAGAGCGGUAGCGGCAGCGGCGGCAAGGAGGGCGGCGCCGGGGAGGCGGUCCUGUCCAUGAUCGGGCUUCGAAGCGUGGACAAAUCGCAUUAGGGAGAGAUGGGCAGGGCCCUGUUGCUUGAACUGUGGGGGGUUGCAGGGUUAAAAACAUUGGGAACAGGAUACAAGGGGGGGGCGACAGGCCGGCAGGCAGCAGAGCCAGCUAGCGGCUGGUCCCAACGUCAAUCAGGUUGAAUCACCGUUUGCGCGUUUACGGCGGGAGUUCGCGGAAAUUCGAGGGGGCUGGGUAGACGUAAUGGUGGACUCGCACUACUGCGCAGGAUUAGAAUGGAUACGGUAGAUGCUCCGCAGAAGAUGAAGCAGGCCCAGCGCCGUGGCGUGUUGCGGGCGUGUCAGGGGCCGCGUCAGGGGCGUGUGGGCGGUGGCCGGCGGCCUGUUGUGUCUCAUUGUUGCGAGUGGGGGGGCGCACAGCAACACACAGGACACUACUGUAGACUGGAGUAGAGGUUUUGGUUUGCUGUAGCUGGUAUACGAGGAUGGUGGCCAGGAGUGCGAAGGUGUUGCCGUGCAGGGCACCGUGCGCGUGUGUGUGGGCCGCCGGCGGUAGCCACGAGGACGGGCGGAGCGGGGGCGACCGGAGUGGUAACGGCCAGUGUGGUAAGACUGCAUACUCGGUAAAAGACACAUCUGGAAUUCUGGAUGCCACAGGGCGUCUUCCGCAAGGUUAUGUACCUCAUGUGGCGUAGAACUACGUACAGCGUUCCGCCCACCGCCAGGGCAUUCGGGCACAAUCCGACCUGUUGACUGUUGGUGCGUGAGAGCGGCUGGCUGCCACGCCGGGCGCUGCGCACGCGGGGGGCCACGUCAUGCAACGUGGCGAUUUCCUCCACCUGUACUGGCAGUCUUGCAGUCGAUUAAGGACACA